UUUUCGUCCUCCUAUCUUUUCUUUCUCACUCUUCCGAACGCCCUCGCACUCACUCACCUCUUCCAAACGCUCCCUCGCCUCUCGCUCCGCUCCUCGACUCGACGACGACGACUCGAUCCGGCUUCAUCUCGACUCCACGACCCAUCCUCGGCUCCAUCGUCUGUCUGCCUUGCUGCCCUUGGAAAAAGAUGGCAUCUUUAUGGGCCCUCCUUUCCUGGCCCUGUAUGGACUCAUGACAAACAAUCAGACGCUUCUCCAGAUGGCUUUCGACCAGUGCAGACUGUAUCGCGAUGCGCUCCGCAUCCCAUCUGGCGAUGCCCAGGGCUUGCUUCGGCACAUCGUCAACGCAACCGGAACUGAGGGUAACGACCCAGGUGCUUGGCUGACAGGGCUAGGAUGGGCGAGCGCUGGCAUGCUCCGCGUCCUUGCCACCAUCACGCAAUCCUCCUUCAAUACGCAAAUGGCAGACCAAACGGCCAACCUCGUCUCGUGGGUAGAGGAGAUUCUCGACGGUGCUUACAAGUUUGCCAACCCGCUGAUGCGCAACUACGUCAAUGACUCCGAUGCUUUCUACGACAUUGCCGGUUCGUCGCUGGUGGCUUACAGCACUUAUCGGCUUGCCAGUAUCGCACCUGACUCUGGCGCAACCGCGCAUGUAGCAGGGGCAGAGGCAAUCUACAACACCGUCAAGAGCCAGCUCUCGCCUUUUGGCUUCUUCACGCCACCUUUGCAAGUCGUUGAUGCUCUCUCUUUCACCUCUCCUGGCGAUACUUCGCCAGAGUCGCUCGCUUUUGUCGUCCUGCUCGAGGCGGCAAGGAGGGACCACGAUCAGAAGAACGUGACGAGCUUGCGUGGUCCAUCGUCUGCGUCGACGUCGAGCAAGGAUGUGGCGUCGGUGGUCUCAUUGCUCGUGUCGCUGCUGUGAGAUCCACUCGAACUCGAUCCGUCCCCGUUCAAGCCAAUGCCCCCCUGCCCUCGCCUUUGCUUUCAUCCUGCUCUUUGCCUUUCGCUGUAUGAAUACAACUUCCCUACUCCUACCCCUCAACACUUUCCUCACCCUCGGGACUCUGUAUACAUCUUCAUACAGGCUGUAUUAGCUAGGACAAUACAUCCUAAUGGAUUCGAUUUUGCACCCCCGUUACCUCGCACUGAGCUG